AUGCCGGAAAUUACGACGCCGUUCUUGCUCACUAUGCGAGGAGGCGAGCAGAUGCAUUUGCGGGAGAAACCACGUGAGCCGCAGUCGCUUGCGUUUAUUACCGCGCUAACAACACUUGUGUUCACACGACGUCUUGGGAAGGCGCCAUUGACCCCAGUGACUGUAUCUCUAGUUGCGCUCUGCGACACGGUGGGGACGGAUGCAAGUCGUGACAAACGUUUUACCAUCGCCAGUCACCAGUUUGCUGCAUCAGAACCUGCUAGCGCGGAAAGUGAGAAGACGGAGGAUACAGCUGUGGUGUUGCUACGCUCACCCAUAGUGUUGUCAUCCUCUGGCCCUGUUCGCGCGCUGGAGGUGCGGUGCACAGAGACGAGGUGUCAGAACCUCACACGGAGUCAACUUGCUGACGCUGCAGUCUAUGGUGUUACCAUGCAUGGAAUGCAGCAGACCACGCUGACGAAGGCGCAGGUGAGGUUGCUCUGUGGUGCUGGUAACGAGACGAGACUGAAAUGA